UACGAGGGGAGGAGAGUAGGGCUAGGAUGGCAGAGCAAGGCGAAAAGGUGAUCUCCCAGGAACCGCAGGAACAGAGGGAGGAAAGGGGUCCGCCGGGCACGGAGGUCCAGCUGUCAGAUGAAGACCGGAUUCAGUUACUUAUCGCCGAGUGUUACGAGGACGGAGUCGUUCCGGAGCGGCUCAGGCAUGGAGAAUUCGUGAUCGAGAACGUGAUCAGAGUCUUCAAGGUCAACGCUCAGAUAGACCGUCUGACCACUGCAUGGCUAAAAGAGCGUACGAUCACCGUAAUUUUCCAAGGUGCUGCACGUGACCUACUGCUUAAAGUACAGGAAGACUUAGUGCGGGCAUAUGAGAAUGGAUGGUUCCGCAGAAAAACGUUCGUUAGAGGCUUUAAGCGAGGGAGGGUACAUGGGGAGGGGCCCAACGUAAUGUCUUACGUGGCCAAAUCCAGGGAGGUGGCACAGUGGUUAAUAGCGAAAGGAGAAGACACAGUUGUCAUCCGGGGAAUUGAAUACAGACUUUUAUUCAAACCGUGGAUGACGAGAGCAGAACUUGACGAACGGAGACGGAAUGAGGAAGCAACCAAAAUUUGGGUCUCGGCGCUUCGUGUGCCGCUGAGAGCUAUGUUCCACAUCCCAGACUUGGUAACCCAAGCGAUGGGUGCCAUACUGCUGCAACACCCUCUUGAACCAAAUGCCUCACGUCCUAAACUGAUGAAUGUGAAGUUCGAACUCGCGAGAGAAGCAGAGGAGAGGUUUGAACCGACCAUUUCAAUGCAAUUAGAAGACGGUGAAAUGUACAACGUUGAAUUUGUGUGCAAAAACACUCUGUGGUGCACACGAUGUCGUUGGUGGUAUCACACAGAGUCAUACGACUGUCCUAGAGCUGAUGAAGGAGAGGUCGAAGCAACGAAUGAGAGGCAAGGAGGUGAUCUUAAUCGGCAGCGGGGCUUCAACCAAGGAGAGGUGGUGUAUGAAAGGGGUAUAAGAGAUGCAACCAGGGACCUGCCGAGCAACCAAAAAGGAACCAGGGAGUCAAACAUGGUGGAAGUUAGUAGAGAGCAGAAUAGGCAGGGACCAGGGAGAUCUUCACAACCGGAAGGCCGACAAAACGCAGGAGGGUUAGCGGAAGGACACGCAAGCAUGGUGGGAGGAGGAGGAGUGUUGGGCCCAAGCGGAGGGUAUGCAACAGGGACAUGCGGAGGCUUCGCACCCAUAGUUGGGAUGGGGGCAGUGGCUCCGUGGAAUCCGACAGGAAUGGUUGGAGACCCAUACCUUCAUCAAGCCCAUCAGUACCAGAUGCGGCAACAACCGAUGAUGAGAGGCAUGCCACCUAAUCAGUGGACGGGAGAAGGCUACAUGGGUAUGCAAGGGACGAAUCAACCUUACCAGGGAUAUGUAGGAGGCGGAGGGGGUACAGGGUACCCCUCCAGGCAUGAUAUGGCCGCAGGAGAGCUCUUGAGAGAGUUGGUGGAGAAGGAGGUGGCAAUCGACCGGCAAGCUCUGACCAGAGAAGGAGUUACACCUGUAGGUUCGUCCCAACAUUCGAGUACGGGAGUGAAAAGGGACGAGACAAGAGAGGAAGUGAGGACAUUUGUGAGUCGGGAAGGGGUUGAGACGCGGACGGGGGACAAUCAACAAUACGAGGAAAAAUUCAUGCUACCCUUGGUGUGUACGAUGCUGGGACAGGAAGCCUUCAUACUCGGACUGAUUCACAAGAACGGGCAAACGAUGCUGCCAACGUUGGCCUUCUGCGGUACUCUGGGCCCUGACAUGAUUGAAGCCCGAGUCCGACAGCUGUAUGCCGAUAGAUUCUGCUUUCGGCUUGUUCAGACAGAGAUGAUGCGAAAAAUUACUAUUGACACACCGUCAGGCAAACACAUCAAGUUUUACGUGCCUCUGGUGGAUGCCAGGAUUCCAACCCCUCACGGGGCAGGACUUCCAGCGGUCGGACUAACUUGUAUGCCUGUAAGAGUCCUCUUGGACAACUCGACGUCUGAUCUAUCGAAUGUGUUAGUAGAACCGGGAGUGGCUGCAGACUUCCUGCUGGGUCUAAAUGACAAAAUGUCGUUGGACAAGAAUUUGGAGUCGAUCUAUAUACAAGAGGUGCUGCUAGAAAAAUGGCAGUCCAUGUCGCCACCACGAGCAAGCAACGAGCACAGACCUGACAAUAUUGAGCGUAUUCAUGACAACAAUGCUCCAGGUACAUCCAAUGGUCGGACUUAAGGUGGCAACGUGCAACAUACAGGGAUUGGGAGACACGGGUGGAAGGCAAAAGGGAAGAAGGUUGAAAUCUUGGAUACACGAGAAGUCUGUGGAUGUGAUACUCCUACAUGAAACAAAGCUCUCAGAGUCCA